CGAGAGAGAGAGAGAGAGAGAGAGAGAGAAUGGGAUCGACGGGAGCGAUGGAGGAGGCGGCAGGAGGCGGCAUGGCGGCGGUGCUCGAUUUCGACAUCCUCUGCGCCACCGUGGCUCUCCAGACGAGGGGGCUUUCGGCGGAGAAGCGUCGCCUGGAGGAGGAGGGAGAAGAAGCGGGGGAUGAGGAGAUCGGGGCGGAGCUCGCCGGCGUGCAGCGGAUGUGGGAGGGUGACAUCGUCGACUGCUUCGACGACCGAAGGAUCGCCAUCGAAACCGCAUGUUGCCCGUGCUAUAGAUUUGGUAAGAACAUGAGAAGGGCAAGCUUGGGAUCUUGUUUUCUUCAGGCAACUGUAUAUUUGAUCUUUGUAGCUGGUGCCUUGUUCAAUUUCAUUGCUUUCGGUAUCACCCACCAGCACCGAUUCUUGUAUCUGGGAGUUUCAUGUUGCAUCUCUACAGGAUUGUAUUUAGGGGUUUUCCGCGCUAGACUGAAGAAACAGUUUAAUAUAAAGGGGAACGGGACUCUAUUGGACGAUUGUCUAAACCAUCUUAUUUGCCCUUGUUGCACAUUAUGCCAGGAAUCGAGGACAUUAGAAAUGAACAACGUCCAAAACGGUGUAUGGCAUGGCCGGGGCGACACUAUAUGCUUAGCCAGAGGAGGUGAAGGAAGCACAACAUUCAUAGCUCUCCGCCAGCCUCCAUUGCUCGCAAUCAGAUCUCCCGGUCAUUCCAGCAUGGAAAGAACAACAGAUGACAACCAACACUCAUGGAGUCUAGAUACAAGCCAAUCGAAACCACUAGUUUCCGUAGAUCAAUUUAACAUAGUGUCAUCAAGAGACUGAUAAAUCAUCCAAGGCGGAUUCUCAAACACACCAAAAAUAGCAUUGGUUUUUUCUCAUUCGAUUCUUUUGUGCAACUGUAGCAUAUCUUAUCAUCAAAGAUAUAGAUAAUCAGGUAAAUUUAUAUAGAUCAUGAGUCCAAGUCGCAAAAAUAACUUCUUGUAAAAUUCAAACGGUGUAUAAUAAACUCAAAUGUAGUCCGACUCUUCUUUAAAACCCCACACUAAUGGGAGUUUUAUAUAUCAGACUGCCCGUUUAAUGUCAUCACAUCAUAGAUUUUGGCUAAACUUUGUCGACAUUGAGUUAUAAUAGAUCUCCUUGAACCAAAAUGUAGUUUUAUCUUUUUGAGAUUCUCCAUGAGACUCAUGUCGAAUUCCAUUUGUGCAGAUCUAGCAAAAUGUAACUGGUGGGAAGCCAUGAGUACGUAUGCCAUGCAUCGUAAAAGAAUCACAUCUAGUUUCCGAAUCUAAGGAUCAAGAGAAACUUCAGUGUCUUUGCCGGAAUAAGGAGCAACACUGUAAGCAUAUUGUUGGACGACCGAGAAGAAAACCAUUUCGAGAAUGACCAAAACAUUUUGUAUGGCUUCCUGGAUAUGUUCUACAUCCAGCCAGAAAUGAUUAGAUUGAAUCACUCCUACAGCAGUUAAGACUUCAAGUACAACUCCCUGAAAAUAACCGGUUUCGAUGAAGAAAUUGUUAUCUUUAUAAAAGAAAAAAAUAUAUAUUUUUUUCAAAAAAUCACAAAGGUACUAGGCCUGUAUUGUAUCUGAACCAUGCAAUACGUUUCUUGGAUUCCUAAUAGUUUCAACAAUAUUGGCUCAGAAUA